CUAUCAGCGUGCUGGUAUAGGUUCAAGGCAGACGAGUGAGCUUGAGUGAAGUUUGACGCUAGUACACGCCAGUAGGAUAACAGCAGAUAACGUGGGUGAGGUUUCCGAUAGCUGGGUGGGAAAAGUGCUCGAGAACUUGUUCCCGUUUACGGAAUUCGAAUUGAUCGCGAAGAAAUCAUUUUAAAAAAUUGUGUAGAGGUGUUAACGUCGUUAAUCCAUUCAAAAAAUGCAAGAGGAAAUCAUUAAAAUGACAUCUAUCGAUUGAGUGUCUGAUUGGUUAAGGCAGUAUUCGAUGCAAGUAUGGCUGCCCUGCCAUCACCUACGCAGGUGGCUGGAAGCCAUGCUGCCAUAUAUGAAGCAUAUUACAAUCAAGUUGAUCCAAAUGGAUGUGGGCAAAUCGGUGCGAUGGAAGCUGCUAGAUUUCUUAAGAAAUCACAGCUCAGCGAUGAUGUCCUCAGUAAGAUAUGGGAUUUGGCAGACCCAUAUUCUCGAGGUGCUCUGGACAAAUCUGGAAUGUAUGUCGCGCUUAAACUAUGUGCCUUGGCUCAAGCAGGCAGAGAUCUUAGUAUGGCUAACUUAAGCAUUGAAAUGCCUCCUCCAAAAAUGGGAGACAUUCCAGCAGCUUUAAAGAAGGGUAACAUCACGGCUCUUGUGAUUACAUCCAUUAGUAACGGAGAUUGGUCCAUUAAACCAACAGAACGUGCAAAGUAUGAUCAACUAUUCGAUAGUUUGCAGCCUGGAAAUGGAUAUAUUCCAGGAAAUAAAGUAAAGGGCGUUUUAAUGGAUAGUAAACUCCCUUUGGAUACGCUUGGAAAAAUUUGGGAUCUUGCAGACAUGGAUAAAGAUGGAAUGUUAGAUAGACAUGAAUUUGUCGUUGCUAUGCAUUUGGUAUACAAAGCAUUAGAAAAGUAUGCGAUUCCCAGCGUAUUGCCACCAGAAUUGAUGCCUCCAGGGAAAAGGAAAGAAUCAGCAAUACCAGUUUCCAAGUCUCCGGUACCACAGGGAAUGGGAGGCCCGCCACCUAUUCCACCUUUGCCGAAUGUACAUGCUAUUAACACACUAGUCGGCUUAGAAAAUGUGAAACCUCCGGCAGUGCUCUCAUGGAUAGUACCAGCAGAAGAUCAGAUAGCAGCGGAUAAAUUAUUUUUGCAAGCAGAUAUGGACAUGGACGGGUUUGUGUCAGGAGUCGAAAUUAAAGAUGUCUUCCUUCAGAGUGGACUUCCUCAAUCAGUACUUGCAGACAUUUGGGGUCUAUGUGAUAUAAAUCAGAGUGGAAAGUUGAACAAGGAACAAUUUGCCCUAGCAAUGUGGUUUAUAAAACAGAAGAUCAGGGGUAUUGAUCCACCACCAAGUUUGGCACCAGAUAUGAUGCCACCAAGCUUAAGGAAGUUGCCGGAUGGUGUUGUGGAAAACAACAACAUUUCUGGUUAUUCAAAUCCGGAGCUGGACAUGAUAAGUAAGGACAUUGCAGAGUUAGCGCGCGAAAGGCACACAAUGGAGCAAGACAUCGCGCAAAAGGAAGCAGACAUUAAAAUAAAAAAUGGCGAGAUCAAGAGUCUGCAAAGCGAAUUGGACACUCUUGCUGCUACCUUGAAACAAUUGGAGAACCAAAAGGGGGAGGCUCAAAAGAGACUGAAUGAUUUAAAAGCACAGAGGACCGAUGUAGAUAGAGAGUUGAGUGAGAUCGAACAGGAGAUAUGCAACGAGCAAGAAAAGGUUGACAAAUUGCGUCAGCAAGCUGAAGAACAAGAAUCAGUGUUACGCGUUCAGGAGGAAGAAUUGAAUUCCAAACGGCAGGAAUUGGAGGGUUUGCGCCAAGAAGAACAAGAACUAGAACAGCAACAGAACAAAAGCAGGGACCAAUUGAACGAUCUUACGAAAAAUCUUCAGAACACUCAGAUACAAAUUAGCCAAGCAAAAGCAAAGAUCACACAUCUGGAGGAACAGCAGCGGCAAAUGACCGAUGCCAUUGCGUUGUAUGAUUCUGCGCUUGCAACUGGAGAUGCUUCCAUCGUUCCUGAUACAACUCUUCAGUACAAUCCGGAAGUCGAAGAGCCAGAAUGUAAUGGAGACACCCAGAACGUGAAUGUUAAUGGGGUUAAUGGCGAAUCAGCAUACUCUUUCUCAAAAGCGAAUGGACCUGGGGAAUUGAGCGGAUUUGGAGAUCAGGAUCUUUUUGCGUCAAGUAAAGCUAAAGAAGCUUUCGGUGCUCCGGAUUCCGAUCCAUUUGAAAAUACAUUUCAGUCGCAAGCCAACCAGGGAGGAUUUACUACGGAUCCGUUUGCAGCAUUUAAUAAUGGAGCCACCUCAAAACAGGAUCCGUACGACCCAUUUGGUGAUGGAAAGAAAACAGACAACAAGCCUACUGCUACCACCGCGGAUCCCUUUGGUGAGGAUCCCUUCGCAAAUCUUCAUGCUCCUCCGCGUCCAGAGAGUCCAAGCCCGGCUUUACCACCAAAGAAAGCGAAGCAACCACCACCACGACCUGCUCCCCCGAGACCUGUUCAAGGCCCAUCAGGACCCUUGCGAGCAGCACCUGCACCGCCAACUCCCUCGCCUACUCCAGAUCCAUUUGCUAAUGCAAAUUCGGAUCCGUUUGCUGCCCCGGUACAGGGCAUUGCGGACAACAACAACGAUAACACCUUCGAUUCUCCUUCCACCGGAUUUGCUGACUUCGCAAACUUCGAUUCUAAGCCGGAGCCCAUUCCCAGCCGAAUGGCCCCGCCAAGGCCGGUGAGCAGACCACGAACAACUGCACCAGUAACUGCAUCUGCAUCAGCAUCUGCAUCCGCGCUUACGUCUGCUAGGUUGCCUGAUUUUACGGAAGACCCCUUCAGAGACUAUCGCUACGAGGAUCCCUUCGCCAUAGCGGAUCCCUUCGCUGACGAGACCGAAGACAUCAACGCCAACAAAAGCAGCAACGACUCCACGCCCGGUAAGCUGGACCCUUUCGGCUUCGAGACGACCGGGCCCUUUGAGAAGACCGCCAACUUUGCCAAAGACUUUGACUCGGACUUCAUCAGUACCUUUCCUCCGAAUAAGCCUAAAUCCGAAAAAAACCAACUCAAACUGGAGGCUGACUUCAGCAAGGCCUUUCAAGACUCCAACAGAAACGUCAAGCCUUUCGACGUGGAUUUCUCGAACAAUUUCUCGAACGUUAAGUCUAAAACGAUAGAUAUCGACCAGGCGUUUUCUAGCAAAACUGAGAGACCUGGAAGAAAAUCCGGACUAGACAUCGCCCAUGGUUUUAAGGAUAAACUUUCAUUUUCCGAUAAAAAGAACAGAAGAAACAGCGAUAAGUCAUGGAAUGGAAAUCCUCAAGGUGUUAGUCUUACCGAAGAACAACAGUUAGCCUGGGCUUCGCAACAGAGCUUAAAAGCGGAAGAAGAACGUUGUAGGCUUAAAGAACAGGAGGAUGCCGAUCUGGCUCUUGCCAUUGAACUCAGCAGGCAGGAGAAAUCAGGGAAGCAGGCAGAAAGGCUUUAAACAUUGUAAUUUUGUAAGUUCUGCAUUCAUUCACCCAUCGGUGCACACGAGCUACCUCCUGCGAAAAUCCUAAGGAUGCUGACGUUACCGAAGGUACAGUCCUUAGGUUGAAUAGAGCAUGUCUUGUGAGUUUCAAUGAGACAACUAAGAGCACUGGAUGAAACGCGGGAUAGAAAGUAAUCGAGCACAACGUUUCGGUAGAAUCUUCUAUGAAGACUUCUGGAACACUUUCUCCAACGCGAAUGAUAAACGUCAAUUAAGCAUCCUCCAGGUAAACUAAGAAGCUUUAAAAACGGUCUGGACUGGGUAUCAUUUCUGUCUCUAAGGAUAGACUUUUUUCUUCUGUCCGUAAACGAAAAGGAGAAAUAAUAGCGAGUCGUAGAGUGGCUAUCCCUAGGAUAUCGAUGUCGUCGAGAAACGACCGAGAACCAUAAUACCGCAGCAGAGUUCGAGGGCUGAAUAGGAACAAGAGGGUGUCUCUUGCCAUCGAACUUAGAAAACGGGGGAAGUGCAGUAGUCUUUAUAGACCCUCAUCCUGUGACUUUGGCAUAUCCUUCCUCGCCGAUGCGCAUGAUCUAAAUUUUGAGAAAUUCUUUUACGAUGACAAUGCCGAUGGAUAAACGAUUACUUAGGUAGGUUGGAAAAAUAUCCUGAAAAUUUCAAUAAAAUGAUUAGUAAUCCUAACUAAAAUAUUGAGUAAAAACAGAUAUGACACAAGACUCUAAAAUACAAUACAUAGCAGGUGGAAAUAGAAAGAAUAGAAAUGGAACAUACAGGCAGGUGGAAAAAUAGCCAGAAAAUUUCAAUAAAACUAUUAGUAAUCCUGACUAAAACAUUGAGUAAAAAUAGAGAUGUCACAGGACCCUAAAAUACAAUACAAACAAUUAUAAGUACAUGAUAUAAUUAUUAUAAUUUCAUGAGUUUUUAAACAAAUGUUUUAUUACGUUAUAUGCAUUAUUUUCAAAAGAAAAUCUUAACAACAAUUAUAACUAAUUUUCAAGGAAAUUGAGCAAUAAAUUGAUAAGUAUUGAUGUUUUACAGGAA